CUGGCGAGACUUCUGUGGAAGAGAGGACUCCUCUGGCAACACUACAGAUAAGUGCCUUCUGAAGCCAUGGAGAUGAAGGUCAGAGGCCUGAGGAUCGCCUUGCUGCUGUUGCUGGUGACUGUAGUUGUAACGGCCAAGCUGAAUCACAUCCAGAGGUGGGGCGGAUUCAAGGAGAAGGCCACGAGCAAGAAAAACAUGAACUCUACACUCCAUUUCUUCAUCCAGACCUACAACAACUUAAGCAAUGACACCUACUUGUUUCAAGUUCAGAAGCUAAUUCAAAGUCAGGUGCAGCUGACCACGGGAGUGGAGUAUUUGGUCACUGUGAAGAUUGGCAGGACUAAAUGUAAGAAAAAUGGAAGGAAGACAUCUUCAUGUCCUCUGCAAAGCAGCAAGCUGAAAAAGAGCCUGGUUUGCACAUCACUGAUAUACACGGUGCCCUGGGCGAACCACUACCAGCUUUGGAACAAUUCCUGCCAGAAUAUCUGAGUGUCCACGAAAAGAGCUCUGUUGUCACUCAGAUGGCUGCAUUGUGUACUGGUUUUUGUAAAGUUCUAAGAGGACUCAUGCCCCUCCCUGGGUGUUUCUAUAUACAUAAGUGCACACAUGCUCACGCACUUUCACACUGGCAUUCAACAACACACAUAGUAACAGCACCUUUAUUGACACAUAUUCUCCCCAUUCACAUAUACACAGGCACACAUACAUGCACCCACCCCCCCACACUUGUCCUUACACAUUUACAUAAAAUUAAACCACACAAACGCAUAUGUAAACACUUCUACACAUGAAGUGUGCCUUCCCUCAUUUGCAGCUCACACAUGCCUCACAGAAUCCCAGUGGACACCAGGGACUGCUGUACUUUGAAUA